UGCAACGUUGUGCCGAAGCUCAGCCUCCAGUGGCGAGACGCGCAUCCGCAAGCCAAGAAGAGACUCUCGCGCUUCCGUUGCUCCAUUAUGCUCACGACCACAUCUUGGCGUCACCCCUUCUCAGCCCUCAGGAAGCACCGGCUCAGACUCUGUCUAAUUUGCAACUUGUGAAGGUGCACGUCAAUUAAUCGUUGCGGAGCGUCAUGAUGAUCAUUCUAUCGGUGCCCGCAUGAACAUCGGCGACAUGGUCUGGAUGUACUCGACAACCCUGCGCGCAGACGACGCGAAACGCAGGAAAAUCUCUGCACAAUGAACGUCCCAGAGCGGCGCUUAAACCGCCGAGGGCGUUGCAAGUCAAGUCGUAUUUGGUCCACCCUGUAGGCCUUCAGCUGGGAAGAGCGCGACGAGCCACGAAAAUCCAUCGCUACUGGUAUCAGCGUUCACUUUCCUUGGGCGCCCUUCGUGAUGAACUCAGGCGACAUGAAGUCCAAGCAGGGUCGCAAGUCUGCUCGAGUCUAUGAUGCCUACAGCGGCGCUGUCUUCUUUGUGACGAGCGCCACUCCUGAGCUGGCGGGUGCGACAGCGACGGCCGGGCGUCAGCUCUCGCUUCCGGCGCAAACACCAGCGCUUUCCCUACUCCUCGCCAGCAUUUAAACGUCCGCGACCUUCCUAGUUAUCGCUCAUACCAAGCUGGUGUCGAGGCGACAACACUCCGAGGCUGAUCCCCACCUACCUUCAAUAUCUGAAUACCUCCUCCCCUUCGCGCGACAAAGCAUCUCC